CGUACCGUUUACUGCAAGGUGGCUCCGAGCCACAGCUAGGAGAAGAAGCGGCGCUCCAAAAUGGCGAUGGACGGUAUGUCCACGUCUGCAUCAGGACUACCAUACCAUCAUGUUUCCGACUACUAUCCGAGGAAACUCGGACCGAAGCCGGACGUGGUGCCUUCUGGUGUAACCGAGAGGAAAACCGUACCUGCAGAUAAACCUGACAUGGUCUCAGUGGACAUCAUCAACUUCAAGGACUCGGACAGACCAGUACACAGGAAGAAACAAGAAACAGACACAUAUGUUCUGGGCACCAUUCAUCCUUUCCGCAAGUCACACAAGUCCAUCUUUAGCAAGUUCAUCCAGGAGUUUAACUUGGUCACUUCAGAUAGACGGUCAUGGAAGAUCCUUCUGUUUGGGGUGCUGAACGUAAUCUGCACAGCUUCUCUGCUGAUGUGGUGCAACUCCACUAACAGUAUGGCUUUGACGGCCUACACAUACCUCACCAUUUUCGAUCUUUUCAGUUUGAUUACAUGCCUCAUUAGCUCCUGGGUGACUAUGAAAAAGCCGAGUCAGGCCUUUUCGUUUGGUUUUGAGCGUUUUGAGGUACUGGCAGUGUUUGCCGCGACAGUGCUGGCUCAGCUGGGUGCUUUGUUCGUCCUGAAAGAAAGCGUGGAGCGCUUCAUGGAGCAGCCGGAGGUGCACACAGGGCGCCUUUUAGUCGGGACGUUUGUGGCUCUGUUUUUCAACCUGCUGACUCUCCUUUCAGUCAAGAACAAGCCCUUUGCCUACGUUUCUGAGGCUGCCAGCACCAGUUGGCUCCAGGAGCAUGUGGCUGACCUGAGCCAAAGUCUGUGUGGGAUCGUCCCAGCGCUGAGCAGCGUUCUUUUGCCGCGAAUGAAUCCCUUCGUCCUGAUCAACCUGGCUGGAGCUUUUGCUCUCGGAAUCACUUACAUGCUCAUCGAGAUUAAUAACUAUAAUGCAGUGGACACUGCGUCUGCUGUAGUAAUCGCCCUCAUGACCUUCGGCACCAUGUAUCCCAUGAGUGUGUACAGUGGAAAGGUCCUUCUCCAGACCACUCCUUCCCAUGUCAUUGGACAGCUUGACAAAGUGCUUAGAGAGGUUUCAACACUGGAUGGGGUUUUGGAAGUUCGGAAUGAACACUUCUGGACUAUAGGCUUUGGCUCUCUGGCCGGCUCCGUCCACGUGCGCAUCCGGCGGGAUGCCAACGAGCAAAUGGUGCUGGCUCAUGUGACCAGUCGUCUCCACACACUGGUCUCCACACUCACUGUACAAAUCUUCAAAGACGACUGGACACGUCCAUCCCUGUCCACCGGCCCUCUCAAUCUCUCAGACAUGGCGAUGUCAUCCGGAAAGCAACUUGAAGAACUGGAGCCACUGACUUCUACGCCCUCCAAACUUAGCAGCCCCCCUCCUGAGUUCUCUUUCAACACACCUGGAAGGAACGUGCGACCUGUUUUACUCCCAAAUAUUCAUCAGCAACGACCGUAUAACUUGGGCCUUGCAUACGGAUCUUCUCCGUACAAUACGAUGCUCAGUCAGGGAUUAACCCAGCCAGGAAGCAGCCUAGGUGUGGGUUUAGGGACAGGACCAAGAAUCCCCUCCAUUCAGAGCUACAGGACUUCUUUUAGUGCAGCUCCAAACAUAUACGGAAGCAAUCUGCUGCCUUCACAGAGCAGUCAGUAUAAACACUGAUGUACUGUCCAGCCGGCUGAGCUGCAGAGGACCGUAACUAUUAUGACUCUAUUUAAUUAAUAGGACCAACAGUCUUCUCCUUAAAGAAUUUUCUAAUUCCAUUUUUUUGUACCAUUAAACAGAUGUAUUAAAAAUAUGUGAUAUGCUGUUUUCCCCACUGAUGUUGCUUUAAGAGGGUUGUGUUCUAAAGGUCAGGAUUUAGUGUAACUUUUGGACUCCACAGUUAGUGAAUCAACUUUUCUGUCAGGAAGACUUGGGUGUGUUAUGAUUUGAUCCGAGUUCUGACCAGGAAUGCUUGAAUAUAAGCAUAUACCUGUAUUGUGUUUAAGACAUGAUUGAAUCAUCAUCUGUUGUACAAUCCAGUUUUAUCAAGUAACUACAAACAAUUACUCAUAUUAAGUACUGGUAAACUGUUUUAAUGGGGAAAAAAUGCAAUGCAACAUCUACAUACUGUAUAUUAAAUAUUUCUACUUAAGGGAAACAUGUAGGUGUUGUUGUGACUUUAUAUUUAGGAGCAGAUACAGUAGCUGUGUAAAAUUUCACUAUCUUCAGUUAGCUUUAAACCAAACAUUUUAUUUAGAAAACGUAUGGUGGUCUGAGAAGAUGACUGGCUUUAAUUGUAGAAAACUGUGUGUGUAUUGUACACUGACCAGGCAGAACAUUACGACCACCUGCCUAAUAUUAUGUUGGUCCCCCUUUUGCUGCUAAAUCAGCCCUGACCCGUCCUGCACUGUGUAUUCUGACACCUUUCUAUCAGAACCAGCAUUAACUUCUUCAGCAAUUUGAGCAACAGUAGCUCGUCUGUUAGAUCGGAUCACAUGGGCCAGCCUUCACUCUCCACGUCCAUCAAUGAGCCUUGACCACCCAUGACCCUGUCGCUGGUUCACCACUGUUCCUUCCUUGGACAGAUACUGACCACUGUAGACCGGGAACACCCCACAAGAGCUGCAGUUUUGGAGAUGCUCUGAUCCAGUCGUCUAGCCAUCACAAUUACCUUACACAAUAACCUUCAUCAAACUCGCUCAAAUCCUUACGCUUGUCCAUUUUUCCUGCUUCUAACACAUCAACUUUGAGGACAAAAUGUUCGCUUGCUGCCUAAUAUAUCCCACCCACUAACAGGUGCCAUGAUGAGGAGAUCAUCAGUCUUAUUCACGUCACCUCUCAGUGAUCAUAAUGUUAUGCCUGAUCAGUGUGUGUGUAGAUAGAUAUAGAUAUAUUGAGAGAGACAGAGAGAGGACA